UGUACCUGUUUAGCAUGGCGGAGCAGAUGAAAUGUCCUUCGGUGUAAUAACGAGAAGAACAAAAUGUAUUAUUGUUAUUGUUAAUAUUAUAGCAAUAAAAUAAAAGAAAUGACGUGCGAGUGACGGGAACGAGACGUCUUCUCCUCCGCGAGCUCCUUAAGGAAGAACUGCGACAUUAAAAUUCAUGUUCAUGCAAAUUCGCUGGUUUGUCGCUUCUGCUUCAUCUUCUCCUUCAUUCAUCGCUGCGAAAAGCUGCGCACGGGAACGCCGGUAACUGAGGUGGGGCAAGUGGCACGUAACCCCCCCCUUCCCCUGCCUCUCCUUGGUCUUCUAUACCAUGAACUCUGGCUCUGCCCAGGAUGUGGCGGUGGAGCAUUUCCUGCGUGACAUAGAAAGGCGGGGCCAGCGGUUGCACUGCGCUGUGAUUGGCUGUGAGGAGGCGCCUAUCCGUGGCGACAUGAACCUGCUGUACCGCAAGAGUCGACUGGACUGGAGACACCGAGAUCAGGAGGGCAAGAAGAGCUGUAAAGAUGCCUCCUCGGCGACGGUGGGGAAGGUGCGCGACCUGGCAUCGUUCCGUCGUCAUUUCCGCAUGGGCUUCAUGACGAUGCCCGCAUCUCAGGACCUCUCGCCGCAUUCCUGCGCUGCUGCCAUGGCGCCACGCUCCCAGUCAUGCCACGCCGUGGGUACUGGUGAGGGAGAGGGCCUUGAAAAUGGCGACGACCCUGACUCGGAUGCUCAGAUGCCCUCUCACGCUGGACGAUGCCCCCCAGCUAAGCCCAAACGUCACCCGAGCACCCGCCUGAGCUCCACGCCACAGCAGGAGCACUCAGUCCGUGGUGGACACGCACCACCUGAUGCCCCUCCACCUCCACCACCCCAGCAUCCACCCAAACACCCUGAGAAGAAGAAUGCAAUGAAGAAGUCAGACUCUGGUGAAUUACUAGGCAGGAAGGUGCCUCCCCAGAAACCCAAACGGAGCCCGAGCACCCAACUGUCCUUUGAUGCUCCACCCCCUCGGCUUCCACCACCAGCCACACCCCUGCCAUUCCAGAGUGCCGAGAGCACCGGUGAUGAGGAGCCUGUAUACAUUGAGAUGGUGGGUCAAGUAUUCACCAGAGAGACGCCUGGUGUGCCAACACCAUCAGCCACAACACCUGAUUCUGACUCAGAUCCAGGCGAGGAGGCUAUCUAUGAAGAGAUGAAGUACCCAGUGGCUGAUGAUGCCCACCAACGACGCCUCCCACCCAAGCAUGAGCGUGCCAAGUCAUCAAAAUCCUACACAUCCUCCUCUGUCUCUUCAUCCUCCACAUCUUCUUCGCUCCCUCGGCCCUCAUCCUCCUCACCCUCCUGUCCUUUGCCAUCCUCUAAGCCUAAAUCUGCUGUCUCCAUCUCUCACUCUUCCCCCUUACCUUCAUCUUCCUGCUCUGCCUCCUCCACACCUGUACCUCAGCCUCUCUCAUCCUCGCCACACCCUCCUCGAGCCCCUACCCCCUUCCUCCUACCAGGCACCAAAUCAGAGUCAGAGAUUGGAUCCAGCAAGAUUCCUGCACCUUUCCCCAACCUGCUUCAACACAAGCCACCUCUGCUGGCUUUCCCGCCCCCAAAGAGUGGCUCUUCCAAGAUGGGCUCCAGCAGCAGCCCAUCACCAGCCAGCCUGCCACCCACCAUUGGCACUUCUUCUUCAAAGGAUGCAACUGGUGGAGACAAGGAAAAGGAGAGGAAAGAAGGGCCAGCACCAGGCCUACGAGCCCGGAGCCACUCAACACCUUUGCCUCCAUCCUCCAAAUCUUCCUCACCAUACUCACACCAUCAUCACCAUCACCACCCACACCACCGGCCCUCACACUACCACCACUAUCGCAAACCUGAGAAAGAGUCCAGUAAGACCUCACAGGGUACCUCGCAGACCUCGACACAAACUCAGACACAGGCCAAAGAGGGCAAGUCCGUCAGUUUUCUUCUGAAGUCAGACAAAGCUGAGAGGGAAAGGGAGCGAGAAAGAGAACGAGACCGAGAUCGAGACCGUGAACGAGAUCGAGACCGUGAACGAGAUCGAGACCGUGAACGAGAUCGAGACAGAGAGAGGGACACUCCAGUCACACAGUCGUGCAGCCAAAUUGAUACGGCUGCCUCUACUGCUGCCACCACAACCACUAGCCUUCCUUCAGCAUCAUUGUCUUCAUCCACGUCAUCAGGAACACAGUCUACAUCCUCAGCAUCACAGAGGCCUCCAUCUCGCUCAGUUCAGCGUUCACACACUCCUCACACACACCUCCCGGCCUAUAAGCCCCCACCUGCAGACAGCCCUCUGCUUUGGACAUACCCAUCUGCAGGAUUUCGUCGGCCUCCAGCUUAUGACAGCCUGCGGGCUGGCACACCAAUGCCCUCCUUGCAGCCAGAGGGUAGUACCAAGGCUGGGAGCACCCAUGUCCCACAUGCCAAGGCGGGGUUCCUGCCCUGGGAUGCCAGUGGGAGUGGCCUAGGCUUCACUGAUGAUCAGGCCUACUGGCCCAUGCACAGAAAGCUCUCCUUCAGCCAUGGCAGCAGAGACACAGAGAAAGAAGAAGGCCGUGUCUGGAACGGCAGUACGGAUGCUCUGUUAAGAAGAGACAGAGAGGACGCUGGGGGUAGUAGUCGGGCUGGAGGAGUUUCUGGAAUCCCUGUACGGGCUUCAGGAAGAAUUGGACACAGUGAGAGUCUAGCGGGGGCAGAUGGGCCACCAGGCUUAAGAGUAAUGCCUCGCACAGGACUGCCCCUUCCAUGCCAGACCUUCCCUGCCUGCCGCAAUGGAGAGCUCGGACGGCUGGGCAGAUCAUCUUCCACAUCUGGAGUGAAGCAAGCAGGAGGGGAUGUUCAGAGACAAAGUAGUCUGCCGGCUAGAGAAGCUCUCACCCAGUUGCAAGCUCUCUCUCAGGCGCCCUGCAGUCCCUCUCUGGCUCGUGCUCAGGCUCAGACCUUGACUCAGGCUCAGGCUCAGUUCCACCUGCAGCAGCUCCAGCAGCACCACCUGCAGCUACAGUUCCAGCACCUGGCCCAGCUGGCAGCACAGGCUCAGGCCAUGCCAGGGACAGGUAGCACCUCCGCCGGCAUGACAGCCAGCACAGGCACGAUGGGCACAUCCACCCAGCGUGACGGUAAGCUGCUGGAGGUGAUCGAGAGGAAGCGGUGUCUGUGCAAGGAGAUCAAAGCUCACCGGCGGCCAGAUAAGAGUCUGUGCAAGCAGGACAGCAUGCCCAUCCUGCCCAGCUGGAGGAAAACGCCCGAGCCGCGUAAGACAGGCACACCGCCCUGCCAGAGACCGCAGGCCGUGGUGUGGGACACAGCUAUCUGACAAAGAAAGAGAGGCCGAGAGACUGAAAUACACUGAUCUUGCCACUUUAUUAGGUACACCUAACUCCAUUCACCUGACAUUUUAUCACGUAAUCCUACCAUGUGGGGGUAUAGCGCAAUACAUUCACAAUAUGUUUAGUGUUUCGUUGAAGCUCAACGUCAGCAUGGCUUUUUUUGUUCUCAUUCAUAAAUAAUAUUAAUAUAAAAUAUUAAUUUAAUGAGAUGCUAAAGAGAUGAUAUUGCUUGAGCAUUUAUUAUUUUCGCCUACCUAACCACCCCUCCGAUUUUCGAACAAAUUCUUAAAAAUUUUGUAUCCUAAUUUAAACCCCCAUGACCACCACAUGUCACAUGUUUGGCGCUCAAGCUUCAUUUCUGACCAAACGAAAGUGUUUUUGGUUUGUUUUUGCGUCCCACAGGAUCCCAGUGACGAUGCACUGAAAAAUAAUAUCAGACAACGUGCCUCCUGUUUGUACUUACAUGUGCAUCUAUCUUUUUGUUCUGUCCUAUCUAUUCGUAUUAGGUGACAUCCCAAAUUUGUAGAUAUAAAGUUACUGACUGUAGCCCAUCUGUUGCUAUGCACCAAACCUCAACAACACUGCUGUGCCUAAUACACUUACCACCGCAUCACACCUGUUGCUGCUGUCCCCGAGAAGAUCCACUACCCUAAUAAGAUCUUCUUCUUGGUCAUCCUAUGGUUUUUAUUUAAUGGACAAAGUUCGAGGGAGGCUGAUACAUUGAGCCAGAAUUAACGCUACAGUUAGUAACUUUAUUUCCUACGAAACGCCGUUAUAUGGUAUGGUAUGGGUACGUGUACAUGAUGAAAUGGCAACCGAGUGUAAAUACAACAGAGAUGUACCUAAUAAGUUGGCAAACAAGUGAUACAUGUGAUAUCUGCAAGACAGAAAGUUUAAAGGAGGAGAAAGAGGAUGGAGGGAAUAUUAAUAAUCUCAGACUGACAAGGAAUCUGUGAAUGUUAAAAAAAAAAAAAAAAGACGGGUGUAUUAUAAAAAAAUGUAGAGUUCGUAUUGUAUAUCUCUGGGGUUUUGUUUUUUUUUUUGUUUUUUUUUGCUUUGUUUUUUUGGGAGUUGGGGGCAGGGAAAUGGAGGGGUGAUAAUAUCACACAGCGUUUUAUGUGCCAUAUAAAGACAAUAUAUACAUAAACACACGGGAGAGACACGUUUCAGUCGGGACUCUCUUUUACCUACCAUGCCUCAUCGCGACUACUAAGAGAACUACACUGAGUUUACAGGCUUUUAAAAAAAAAACAACAACAAACAAACAAAAAAAAAAACACAUACUGGACUUCUAACACAAACGUUUGGAGCUCUCUAUACAUGUUCUUGAGCGGAUGGAGAAUUUCUCCAGCCAGGACGAUGGAGGGAUUAAAAGAAGACGAAGAUGUUUGACACGUCACGAAGGACACGGAAAUGCAGCCGGGUGAUUCUACAUUCCAGGGAGGAGUGUGUUUGGGUGUGUGUGUGUGUGUGUGUGUGUGUGUCUGGAAUGUGGAUAUGGAGGACAGGACAGACCUAAAAUGAAAGACCUGGAAAGCGAUAUUUUGCUGUAGAUGAGCACAUAGUGUGUAUAGAAUUAAAACUAGUCAAAUUCCAAGGGAAAAAAAACAUAUACACACCGACACAGACCAGAAGGUAUCAUUCAAACACACACAUGCACUCAGUACAUACUUACACUGCUUAAGCAAACACACACUCUCUCACACACACCAGAAUGUACAUUUCAAACACACACACACAUACUUACACUGCUAAAUCAAAACACACACACACAUUGUAAAGUAUGGAGGUGUGUAGUGCUGGUGUCGUUUGUAUACGAGUGCUUAUUUGCCGGGUUUCUCGUUACAUUGAUGUUAUUGAUCGAGCGUGAAGGUGACCAAGUCUCGGGUGCGGCUUGAUUUGUUUAUACUACCUAAGAGUUAAAAACGCAAAAAUCAACGAUUCUCACACGCUCUUUUUGACUUUCGCAGUAGCUUUUUCCGGAAACUGUAGUGCAAUCUGUUCACGCAGAUCAGAAAAAGAGCUUCAUCACAUCGCGCACGCUAAGCAGCAAGACCACGGAUGUCCACUUUAGAUGCGAUGGAGACGUCAAACGCACAGAUUCCAGAUGGGAGUCUCAUUGCUUAGCGUACUUACGUAAUGAACAGGAUAAUAGACGGGAACGAGAAGCUAGAGGACGAUUAAAGGAAAACUUCACUGUUUUUUUUUAACUGCAUCUCUAGCCGACGUAUCUGCACACGAGGCUUUGUGAAGAUAUUUCUUUCAUAAUCCAAGUCCUUUGUUGCUGAAGUAUAAUGAUUGAAUUGAUUUCAUUGGUGGGUAGCAUGUAUGCCUGACGCCUCUGGGGUCGGGGGUUUGAUUAGUGCCUCUGCCUCUGCGUUUCCGUACCCAAUCCAACAACAUGCUGAUUUCUAAAUUAAACAUAUUGUGUGCCCAGUUUUGGGUUGGAAACCCAUCCAGGGUGUCCCCUGCCUUGUGCCCCAUGGCCCCUAGGAUAUCCUCCAGACUUCCUGUGACUCCAUGUAGGUACAGAAAGUGGUUACAUAUUUGAAAUGUUUAUCGAUAUAACUCAAAGGCUUCUCUUAAUUUUGAAUAAUUGAAUUACAAUUCAUUUCAAGUAUUGAACAAAAAGCUUCAUUUUUGCCCGAACAAGGAAUUUGUUUGUCUAUGAAAAUCAAACAGACAGUUGUGUCGGAUGGAAAUUCGACCCGAAAAGCCCUGAAGUAUUCCUUUAUCAUCAGAUAUAGCCAUGCUGAAACCCACAAUCUUAUUUCGAUCUGCUCGGUUAUGGUUUGGCAUUUUCACGAUUCCGACAGACUCGUCUUUGUAAAUGAAUCGGUUCUCGUCGUCAUUUUCCGUGUCUGGCAUCAGUGCUUGUGUCAUUUGUUUACUUAACCCAGACCUAAAGUGUAGAUCGGCACCUUUGCGUGUUUCAGGAUGGCGUAAGCAAGGUCGGAUAAUCUGUAUCGCGAUGGAUCUGCAGACUGGAUCCGUGACUCGGAUGUAUCGUGUAUCAUAUGCUAGUCCAUGUACAUAAGUUUAAAGUAUUAUUGCCUCUCCAUAUCAGUGACAGCGUCAUCAUGAGUGUCGAUCGUAUGGAAUUGUGACAGAGAUUCGUUUGAGGUUGGUUAAGGUUCCAUCACUCUUACACGCACGCACACACACACACACACACACAUACACAGACAGACACACACACACACACAGGCUCUGCCAUUCAUAUCAGACACUAAGAGGCAAACCAAGAUCAACUUCUGUCCCUUUGCUGUGUGGCCUGGAUGAUCACUCACGCUCCUCAAACGAAUAAACAAAAUGCUGGAACUAACCGCACAAUACAGAAACGACAACAAAGAAAUGCGAAAACCACACAGGAUGUGCUAAAAUAAACACACAAGGGUACGAAAUUGUAAAAUAGAUAUGUAAAACUGUAUUGAUUAUGUAGCAAAUCUUUCCACUUUCAUACUUGUAAUCGACAAGUAUACUGUAGCAUACGAUGUAUAAAAAAAAAAAAAGUACAAGGUGUUUAAUUGUUUUAUAAAGGAAUUUAGUAGUUAUAUCUGUGGCAACCUGUCUACACUGUACCGAAUGGUUUGGCCCGUCGAAAUGCAAGCCCUCUUACUAAAGGCACGGUCACAGACACAACAAUACAGUAUCUCCUGCUAGAAUUAUGCAAGUCCCUUUAAAACAGGUCUACUUUUACUGCUUUUUUAAUCUAUUUGUUUAUUUAUGUACAGGAACCACCAGCCCAGUUUGGUCACUGUUUGGAUAUUUUGGAAUACUUUUGCUGCUAUUGAAUUACUACUGCUGUUAUAAAUAGUUUGUCAUAUUCCUCACUACUGGUAACAGUUCUCUUAUUAUACCUCUUCCUCUUUUUAUUUUGCUGCAUUUGAACGUUCCUCUGUUUUUUAUUUCCUCGAGGUCAGAGUAGAACGGAGUUUGGCCUAUCUAGUGACGAGUAGAUCUUUCCGUGAUUGUACUAUGGCACGCAAGUGGGUUGUUUGUUUUGUUUUUUUUUUUGUUUUGUUUUGUUUUCCCGUUAUCUUCUCGUGGUUGUGUUUAAACUUUGUCGUUUCUUUCUAAACAGUUAUCACCAACUUGUACAGUUUUCACUUUAUCAACACUACUGAGAAACGGAAAGGUCACGUCGCAGCGUCGUCAACGCCGUUACCGUCUUCAUGGUGUCAUUAUGGUGUCGCCCUGGUGUGGUCAUGGAGCUAGCAUAACGUUACUGUGUUUCUAUGGUGUCGAUCAUGGUAACACCAUUCGAGUACUUUUUAGCCUGAUGUUGUCAUGGUGUUACAGGGAGGUUACAUCAUGAUGUUCCAAUGAUGUAACAGUUCUGUUUCUAGCAAUCACAGUAAUGCCACAUGGCCCAUUCUGUUAUGGGGGCAUCUCAUGGUGUUGCCUUGAGGUUACUGAAGUGACAUCAUGAUGCUACUGGAAGGUUACUGUGCUGAUAUUACGGUGUCACCAUAAUCUUUCUAACAGUCCUGGUAGCACCAUAUGACCUGGUUGGCCACUAUGAGUACUUUAUCAGUGCCCUUGUGUCACCAUGAUAUCAUCAUGAGGUCAGAGUGGUGACAUUAUAGUGUUACUGUGGUUACAUCAUGGUGUUCCCCUGCCAUGUUACCAUGGUGUUGUUGGCAAUCAUGGUUAACACCAUACCACCCACAACGAGUGCAACCGCGAGGUUGCUCUGGUCUCAGCAUGACGUUCCUGUGGUGUCACCAUGGUGCUCUCAUGACUGUUCCACAAUGUCGUUGACAAUCACCACAUGACCCAGAUGGGUACUAUCAGUACAAUCUCUGUCAAACAGGAAGCAGAAUCACAACAGAGGAAGUAGAGGGCUGGUGCAAUGCAUGCUGGGAGUUCUCAAAGGAUUCCAACUUAGAGAAGGGUUGGGCUGUGUCUCGGUCUGAAUAAACUGUGCCCAAUUUGUACUUCAAAUAUACUAAGUAAUCAUCUAGUUACAAUUUAUUACAAUGAAGGGGUAGAAUUAAUGAUAAAAACUAGUUUACAGAAGCUGUCGGCUUUGCGUGUCUACUUAAAUGGUGGCCAUAUUAUGAGUGCCAUAAUAUAUUGAUAUGGUAAGAUACGAUGUACCUUGGAAAUCACUGUAGUGCUAUAUUUGCAUUGAUAUCG